AUUAAGUUCAGCAUCACCUAAAACUAGCACACCAGAAAGAUAUAGAAAGUCGACAAAGCCAGCGGUAACACGUAAAGCAGGUCUUGUGGAUAGUAAACACACAUAGUAUCGAUUCGUUUCUCUAACAGACAGGCAAACAGAGAACACACGUAAUCAGUGGAUUUUAGGAAAUCAACAAGUUUAUAUAUUAAGAGAAAAACAAGAACACGAUGACUCGUAUGAGAAUGAUAGUGGGCGUGGCACUGUUAGUUUGUGUCGCUCUCAUUGAUGGGGCCACUCCCAGCGAUAAGAUGGGAACGGUUAUCGGAAUUGAUCUUGGAACAACAUAUUCGUGCGUGGGCGUGUUUAAAAAGGGCCACGUUGAAAUAAUCGCCAACGAGCAGGGCAACCGCAUCACGCCGUCGUAUGUGGCCUUCACCCAAGAUGGCGCCCGGCUCAUCGGAGACGCCGCCAAGAACCAGCUAACCACGAACCCCGAGAAUACGAUUUUCGACAUCAAGCGGCUGAUCGGACGGACCUGGGACGACAAGGCCGUGCAGAAAGACCUCCAGUACUACCCGUUCAAGGUCGUUAACGUCAACAACAAGCCGCACGUCAAGGUCAAGGUCGGAUCCAAGACGCAGACGUUCAGCCCCGAGGAAAUCUCCGCCAUGAUUCUCGGCAAGAUGAAGGAGAUCGCGGAGGGAUAUCUGGGGCAAAACGUCACGCACGCGGUCGUCACGGUCCCGGCCUACUUUAAUGACGCACAGCGGGUCGCAACGAAGGACGCAGGCGUCAUCGCCGGCCUGAAUAUAGUGCGAGUUAUUAAUGAACCGACGGCGGCGUCCAUCGCGUACGGCCUCGACAAGUCUGACAAGGAACGCAACAUCAUCGUCUUCGACCUCGGCGGCGGAACAUUCGACGUCUCCGUCCUCACCAUCGCCGACGGCGUCUUCGAAGUCGUGUCCACCAACGGCGACACCCACCUCGGUGGUGAAGAUUUUGAUCAGCGUGUUAUGGAUUACUUCUUGAAGAUCUUCAAAAAGAAGACUGGUAAAGACAUCCGCACGGAGAACCGAGCCGUGCAGAAACUGCGGCGGGAAGUCGAGAAGGCCAAGAGGGCGCUGUCGUCUACCCACUCGACUAAACUCGAGAUCGAGGCUCUCUUUGAUGGGAAGGAUUUCUCCGAGACGCUCACUCGAGCCAAAUUUGAAGAACUGAACAGUGACUUGUUCCGGUCGACGCUGAAACCGGUGAAGAAAGCCCUGGAGGACGCCGCCAUGAAGGAGGAGGACAUUGAUGAGAUCGUCCUGGUCGGCGGGUCCACGAGAAUUCCAAAAAUACAGCAGCUUCUCAAAGAGUUCUUCGACGACAAGGAACCUCACCGAGGUGUCAACCCAGACGAAGCGGUCGCGUUUGGCGCCGCAGCUCAGGCCGGCGUGAUCGGCGGCGAGGACACCAGCGACCACGAUAUGCUCAUCCUCGACAUCAACUCACUCACUCUGGGCAUCGAGACGGUGGGCGGCGUCAUGUCGACCAUCAUCAAGCGCAACACCGCCAUCCCCACCAAGAAGUCUCAGAUCUUCUCCACCGUCAGCGACAACCAGCCCGCCGUCACCAUCAACGUCUUCGAGGGAGAGCGAACCAUGAUUAAAGAUAAUCAUAUGCUGGGGAACUUUGACCUGACGGAAAUCCCGCCGGCUCCCAGAGGAGUGCCACAGAUCGAGGUCACGUUCGAGAUCGACAUGAACGGAAUCUUGCAGGUCACUGCAGAAGACAAGGGCACGGGGAAGAAAAAGAACGUGGUGAUUAAAAGCGACGAGAACAGACUGUCGCCGGAAGAUAUAAAGAAGAUGAUCAAAGAUGCCGAAAAAUUUGCAGAGGAGGACAAAUUGCUGAAAGAAAAAGUUGAUGCCAAAAACGAUCUGGAGAGUUUUGCCUUUGGAUUAAAGAAUCAGCUGAAUGAUAAAGGAAAACUUGGAGGCAAAAUCAGUUCAUCUGAUAAAGACACGAUUCUGAAGGCGAUCGACAAAACGAUUAAAUGGCUGGAGGAUAAUCCUGACGCAGAUACGGAUUCUUUGAAAGAACAAAAGAAAGAUCUCGACGAUGUGGUUCAGCCCAUAACGAGUAGACUCUACGAAAACAGUGGAUCUUCGGGAGAUUCCGGGAAGGAUCGGGAAGAUUUGUAAAUCUGCCUGCUCGUCUGGGACACCCUAAACUGUGAUAAUUAUCCGACCCGAGUUCUUUCAGGACAUGUCUUGGUUCAGAACUGAUUUAGAAUAGUAAAAUAGUGGUGAAAUGCUCACUUCUACACCGCUAGUGUAAAGAUUUAUAAGGACUACCAUGAUAGUUUCAAAUCGGCCUCGCUCAACAAAGUAGACGAACAAGUUAUAAACCUACGUUGUGUAUUCAAGACUACACUGGGCCGAUUAUAACGGGGUUAGGAUGGGAAGUCGGGGGGGGGGGGGGGGGGGUGUGUCAGUACAAAUAUAACAUUAGAUUACAAUAAUGUGGGUAUUCUUCUGCCAAACAAAAAGGGAUCCUUGAAACAAAACGGGAAUUUUUUUUUUUUUCUGGGGAGGGAAUGAAGCUUCCCCCACUAUAUACUACCGCAGCAAAUCCCACAGUAUUAACAAACUAAUCAUUAUAACCAAGCUAGCUAAAACGUCAGUAGUACGUCUGACGGAGAUAAUUUGAAAUUGCAGAUUACUAGUGUGUGGAGUCUAGUUACUGCGACCAGUUCUGGACGAGGCAUGAUGGUCUCGCGCUCAUGAUUCAUCGAUUAUUUAAAAACCUUCAUAUCCAUAGUUUCAUCCAUUAUUUGUCUCAUGUACAUAGAUGUUAAAUCGUAGUGGUAUGAGAGGGCAUUGCAUUAAUUCCAUUACUACUGGUGUCUAGAAUGUUCCAGUACAUCGUUACUAGGUUAGGUCAUAUGGUAAGCGAAAGGGUUUGUUAUUAUUUCCUGUAAAUAGAACUUGUAUUCAACUGUUUUAUUGAAAGCGCAGAAUAUUGCAUGAAUGUACAUACCUCCUAGAUUUAAAAAAGAAAGAAAUGUAAGCCUAGGCCUAUUUCUCGAGGUUUUGAUACAAAUUUGGGAUUUGUAAUUGAUCACACCCCCUAAAUUGUAUAUAGGACAGGCGUUGGAGGUCAAGACUUCUAGUCAUGUAAAAAGUAAACCCAUAUAAUACUGUUUAUUAGUACACCAUGCAUUCCUUUAUGUGUUGUAACAAAUGUAAACACACGAUUUGUAUUUUGAACAUGAUGCAAUAUGUGUUUACUUGUGAAAUAUUUAUGUAAUAAAUUGUUUUGUUAAAAUGA